CGACGUCGGAGCUGCAGCGAGCGGCGGACCGUCACUUCUGCGGAGACAGCGCAGUGGUGCGGCUGAUGGAUGGGUCCGCAGCAGCAGCAGCAGCAGCAGCAACAGCAGCAGAACAGUGGGUGUGUCUCCCUGUCUCCGAAGAGAUGGAGUUCAUCGAGAGUCUCCACUGUGUGGGGUCCUGCGGAGAGUCAAUGCGCUGUCUGUCUCCAAAGGCCGCUCUUCUCCUCAAAGGCCCUGGAGACUCUUUUCACUCUUUCGUCAAAUCCAAAAUUCCCCCAAACUGCAGCUGCCGAGAAGGGACAGGAGGAAAAGGUUAUGUGGGGUGUCAAACGCGGACGCGUUUGGGGCGGGAGUGUCAGAACUGGAGUGUACAGACACCCCACAAGCACGAAGUGCUGCAGCAGCAAAACCACAACUUCUGCAGAGCUGCUGCAGGGGCCAACUACAUUUGGUGCUUCACCACGGACCCGGACUUGCGCUCCGACGUGUGCGACCCCCUCGGCCCGCGGACGCAGCUGGUGCAGCCGGGGGACUUGUUCGACAUCGUGCUGGAGGGACGGUUUGCGGGGCCGCACUACGACAUAGCGUUUUUCAAAGCUGAAGAGGAGACAGGAGACCCCUGCGGGGGCCCCGAGGCCUCGCCCGACAUCACUGUGCAGAACGCGCCCCACAGCCUUGCCAAGAGACUCUUUCCCUUUGUCUCCAAGGGGACACUUGCUGCGCUGGUGUGGAGCAACGUGCAGGUCAAGGCCGCGGCCUUCGGGGCCUACGCAGUUUGUCUCUGCAGCUUUUCUUACUUCCUCGCUCAGGACCCCAGGUGCUCCAAGCCCCAAAACUACUCCCUGCAUGCGGGCUGGCUCCACGUCCGAGGCCCGUUCGCAAGGAAAACCAUUUUUGAAAUGGAGGCGGGAGAAGCGCGGCAAGUGAGUUUGGGGGGCUUUGGGUUUUCAAAAGGAGACAGUGUCUCCGUGAUGGCCGCGGACUUCGACUGCGACGCAAGUGUCUCCACGUUCGCAGAAGCCAUGCAGAGUCUCCUUAGCCGGGGGCCCCAGUGGCAGCGGGACUUGGCGGGGGCCCUCCAAAUGGGGACAGCCACUGCAGCAAACCUCGAGCCCGUUUCUGUGGACUCUUCGGAGACAACCACAACUCUCCAUCUCCCCGAGUUCACUCUCUACAACACUGGCGUCUACGCCGCCUGCUGGAGACCCAAAAACCUCUCGGUCUCCGUCACCGCCGCCUACUUCAACGUCUUCGGUCAGCCCCAGGGGGACUUGAAGGGACUUGGAGGGACUUAG